AUGUCGCUGAAGCAGAACUGCCGGGAGCGGCUGUUCAACGUGAUCGAGAAGAUCACCCAAGUGAGCAAGUACGUGAUCAUGGUGGUGGACCCGAGUGCUCAGCAAGUGCUCUCCAUGAUUUGCAAGAGCGAGGAGUUGUUGGAACGUGGUGUGUCCCUCGUGGAACAGAUUGACGCUAAGCGAAACAAACUACAAGAUUUCGAUUGUAUGUAUUUCCUGACUUCAAAAUUGGAAAUCGUUGAGAGGAUGUUAGAAGACUUCAAGGAUGAGCAAAAUGCAAUGUACAAAAAUGUCCACAUUUUAUUUACUUCCAAUGUUGGAAAAAAAAAUAAAGAAAUUUUAAACCUGCUAGCAACUAGCGAUUUUUUAUUGAAGAGGAUGAAAACAUGUGCAUGCUUCAACAUUUCGUUCUUUGCAUUUGAAAGUAGAAUAUUUUAUUUGGACCAUGAAUUAAAUUUAUAUGAUUUUUAUCCUGUAAAGGAUUCAAACAUGUUAGGAGACCUUGCGUUGGAGUUACUUUCUGUUUGUGCUUGCUUGAAGAGUAAUCCUCUUGUACGUUAUCACAAUUCUCCUUUGUGUAGAAAAUUUGCACACACAUUUCACACCUGUGUUAGUGACUCGAAUAUUCUGAACAAGUCAGGUGGAAACGAUGAAGACGUCUUGUUAAUUUUGGACCGUUCAAUUGACUGUUCCAUUUUGUUUGCACACGAUUAUGCAUACCAGAGUCUCUGUUAUGAUGUGCUACGGAUCAGGACACAUCAGGGGAAGAAGACUAAACCAGGGGUGCAUAAUGAAGGGGGAGGUGCUGACCAAGGAGAGGAUGCACACACGGUUUGUUUCGAAAUUACAAAUAAUGAUAAAAGGAAAGAGAUUAAGAAAGCGACGCUAUCGGAGGAAGACAAUCUGUGGACCAAGUACAGACAUACACACAUUCAAGAUGUAAAUGAAAUGAUAAAAAAUGACAUUACCUCCUUUACUGAAAAAAAUGCAGUAGCAAAAAUUAAAAAAAAAAAUGUAUUAAACCCAAAUGAAGCACUACAUGCUUUGCGAUCCCUUCCUCAAUACGAAAACAUGAUUGAGAAGUACUGGCUACAUGUGUACUUAUGUGAUAACUCCUUUCAAAUUCUACAAAAGAAGAAUAUUGUGCAGGUCGGUAUGGUGGAACAGGAUGUGUGUUGUAAUGUGGAUACGUACGGGAAGGAAUUGACACACACCAAGAAUUGCAAAAGUGUUAUGUCCAUCAUAACGAGUAAUGAUUAUGAACAAGAGGAAAAGGCGAGACUUCUUCUUCUUUAUUUUAUUAAUUAUGAAAAUGUAAGUGAGUUGGAUAAAGCAAGACUUAUUGAGUCAUCCCAACUUGGUCUCCUCAUGGAAAACUUCAUUGACCAUUUUUUAAAUUUAAAAAUACAUCAUGAUACAUGUAAUCAUGUGGAGAAACACACAGGAGAAGAAAACUCCUCGGCGACGUGUAAAGUUUCUCACGUGUUGGAAAAAAAUAAAAAAAAAAUUAAACAUUACAAAAAUGUUGCAAAGAAUGCAAAAUAUGAACUAAGUCGAUAUGAACCCAACAUCAGAGACAUCAUCAUGGAGUUACAUGAGGACACUCUACACAAGGGACAGUUUCCAUUUGUUCAGGAUAACAACCGGGGGUCCCCUCACCAGGUAAAAGAGAUGAACGCCUCAGAAGGGAAGAAGCCGGCAAAUGUCACUAGGGGAACUGUGUGGGGAUUCAAGUCGGCGGAAAGGAAAGAUGCCACACAAUCGGGGAGUAGAAAAAAAAUUAUCAUUUUCAUCCUUGGAGGGAUUACUUUUCCUGAAAUUAGGCAAGCGUACGAGUUGUCUGAGCAGCUGGGCGUGGACGUGUAUUUGGGCGGAACGUCUCUGCUCACCAGUGAGGUCCUCUUCCAGCAGUUUAGGCGCUUCCCCGGCGGGUAG